AUGCUUUCUGUCGGUCUGCUGGGCUGCGGAGAGAUCGGCCGCUCAAUUCUAUCAACAAUUGCCAAGUCUCCUAUUGAUGGCAUCUCUAUCGACGUGAUAUGCUGCAGAGACAGGCAGGACGAAACAGCCCGUGAUUUAUUUCCCAAUGCAACAAUUGUGCAUUCCUGGUCAGACUACCAAGGUCCAACUCCCAACAUCGUCGUCGAAGCUGCGGGGCAAAAUGCCGUCGUUAACCUCGGCCCAGCGAUCCUCGCAGCGGGGUCCGAUCUAUACCUACUUUCAGUAGGUGCACUCGCAGACAAAGAACUCCAUGAGAAGAUGCUCGAAGCCGCAAAAUCGGGCAAUAGUCGAAUCGUCAUAAUGUCCGGAGCACUUGCGGGCUUCGACGGAUUACAUUCCUUGCGUCAUUCUGGAUUGGAAUCCGUGCUGUAUCGAUCAACAAAACCACCCAAAGCUUGGAAGGGAACGCUAGCGGAAUCCCUCAUUGAUCUUGAUAAGAUUGAUGGUCCAACUGUAUUCUUGAAGGCUAAUGCUGCAGAGGCGGCUUUGAAGUUCCCUCGCAACGCUAAUUUGGCGGCAGCUGUUGCGCUUGCGGGAAUCGGGUUUGAGAAGACUCAAGUUGAAUUGGUUGCUGAUUCAAAUUCUUCGGGAAAUUUGGGUCAGAUUAUUGCGGUCAGCAAGAGUGCGACGCUUACUCUUCAACUAAAGGGUGAAGGCUUUGCUGGUAAUCCGAAAUCGUCACAGAUUACAGGGUUGAGUGUUGUUGCAGCCCUUACGAGCCGUGUUGCACCGAUGUUCUUUGCAAGUUGA